UAAUGCAAUAUGUGGACUUGCUUUCGUUUGGACAGUCUUAGUCCAGUCUUUGGCCGAGCCAGGUCAAAGAACCAUUCGCUUCCGAUAAUUACUGUGUUGAGUGCAAUCUUUCGUGGUUUUUCUCGUUUUCACACUUCAAUAUAUCAGAUCGAGCACGAUUUUGCUGGCAGAACGUGUUGACACGUUUAUCACGUUUUUAUAUCAACGGUUUUAUCAAAUUUAGUGAUAUAAUAUUGCAAAAUUGUGCUUAAUUAAUUGCUGAUUACUACAGUAUAGAUUUCUAAUUGAGAAAUUUUUCUUAAUUUAAAAGAAAAGAGGAAACGACGCGCGGUAAAGCGAUUUAUUGAGAAACUAUUGAAAACUAUGCCAAGUAGUAAGACAAGAAUCGCUAUCGUGGGUGGUGGGGUAGCUGGUUUGGUGGUAGCCCGUCAUGUAGUAUCCAAAUUAGAUACUUACAGUUUCACUCUGUUUGAGCAAACUGAUACGAUUGGCGGCACAUGGAUCUAUACCGAUGAAACACAUUUUGACAAGUAUGGGCUUUUGAUUCAUAGCAGCAUGUACAAGAAUCUGAAAACGAAUAUACCGAAGGAAGUAAUGCAAAUUCCCGAUUUUCCUUUUCGAAAUCAAGGAGGUCCGUCUUUCGUUCAUCACAGCGUAAUAAGGCAAUACCUUUUGGAUUAUGCAAGACACUUCAAUCUUUAUCCGUACGUUAAACUGCGCACCGUGGUGAAGCAUGUAGAGCCCGAAACUUUGAAAAAUGGCCAAACGUUGUGGACGCUGACGUACGAGGAUCUGGAAUCUAAAGUAGAGACCACGAAAACUUUUGAUGCCGUGGUACUGUGCAAUGGUCAUUACACUGUCGGUCAUGUUCCACAUAUUCCAGGUAUCGAAAAUUUCCCCGGCGGAUGCAUUCACAGCCAUCAAUACAGAGUGCCGGAAGUCUACGCCGGCAAGAAGGUUUGCAUACUCGGCGCGUCCUGGUCCGGCAUCGAUAUCGCCAUCGAGGUCUCGCAAUACGCUGACAAGGUAUAUUUGAGUCAUAAUUUGCCAGAGCAGAUUGAAUCGAAAUUGAGCAAUGUCGAGCAAAGAUCUGGUAUUGAGUCCAUCCAAGGAAAUGUCUUCAUGUUCCGCGACGGCUCCUCGGCGGAAGUGGACAAUUUCAUAUAUUGCACUGGUUACAAGUUCACGUAUCCCUUUAUGUCAACUAAAGUUGAGAUACGUACGGACGACAAUCAUGUUGAACCUAUUUACAAACAUCUGGUGCACAUGGAUUACACGAAUCUAUUCUUCAUGGGCUUACCGGGAAUUGUGAUACCGUUUCCGAUGUUUCAUAUCCAGGCACAAUAUAUCCUCGGAAUUCUUGAAGAUCGCAUCAAGUUGCCAUCACCGCAACAAAUGCGCGAGGAAUACGAGAUGGAGAAAAAGUCCUUGUUGGACCAAGGCAUUCUGCUGAGACACAUCAACAAACUUAAAGAUAGACAAUGGGCUUACUACGACGAGAUUGCGGCCGCGGCGAAUGUGCCGAGUUUCCCACCGGUGGUCAAAAAAAUUUUCGAUCACGUUAGCGAGAUGCGCGAUAUAGACUUCACCAUCUAUAAGAAUUAUCAAUACCGCAUCAUCGACAAAGAGAACUUCAACGUGACUUAUUAUAAGCCUUGUUAGGGUCUACGCGGAAAAAGGAAAAUGAAUUUUAUCGUAAAACAGUUGCAUGGGGCUCAAAAAAGCCGAACCUGACGAACUGUUUGUCUCCGAAUUACGGCGCCAAUUCAUCUAUUAGAACUUUUUGCAAUUCGCAAUAAGAAAUAUAAUUUUAAUCAUUAGCGAAUUGCUAUAAUAAUGAAGAUCUAAUGUAAGCAUCAACAAACCGGCUUAUUACAUCAAUGUAUUAAACAAGCUUCAAUACAAUGAAGAAAUUAUAUUAAAAGUCUUUACCAUCGAUUGCAAUGUGUUUUUACGCGACUUUGAAUUGCAAUGUAGCUUGUUAUAUUAAACGAUAGAAAUCGUUUAACAUGUUUAAAACAGAAAUAUUCAAAUUAAAAUUAAAUAAAAUUAUCGCGUUAUAUCUCUUAUAUAUAUAUAUAAGAAUAAACAUGUAUAUGUUUGUAAGAAAGAAGGUGCAGGAAAGAUACAAAAUAAAUAGACAAUCGUAAAGAUUGUAUUAUGGAAGUA